GAAGUCUAUUGUUCUGAAACUGGCCUUGAACUAGUUAAAGAUGCAUGCAAAUGUGAGAUUUCAUUUGUCCUUGCCAACUUCGAAGGUGAACUUUUUUGUAAGCUGCAUCGAGCCCAAGUCAGAAUAAUUGGUCCUCCUAUUCUUCACAGAUGUGCCAGGGAUUAUAUGGUAUGCCUUCUACUGAGUGAGCUAUUUGAAAGUUACAAUGUUACCCUCCAUUACCUCAGUGCUCCAUUGAAACUACCAUUAUUACCAUCCAAUCCAUCCAAAUGAACACUUUUAAAAACUAUAGCAUUUCUUUAAUUGGCCUUGUGGGUUACUGUUGUUGCUUUGUUUCCUUUUGCAGCCGCUUCCAUUCAAUGCUCGUCCACUUUUCAAUCUCUCCAUGCAAGACCUAGUCAUUUGUUUCACUGGUUUCAAAAACAAAGCAAAAUUGGUGCGUAGAAUUUUAUGUUGAUUUUUAAAUUAUAUUUGUAUUUGUCUGUACUAAGUUAAUUCAUCAUAUUUACUAUAGAUAUUUGCCUUAUUGUUUAGGAACUUUUGUUAUGUGGGACAGCAAUUUAGGUUAAGAAGUUAAAAUAUAAUGAAAAGCAAGUUAUUUUUUAAAUCAAUAAAUAUAGUAUAUUAAUUUCCUUCUUAUUCAAGAUUUGGUUGGUAGACCAUGUACAUUACAUGGGAGGAAGUGUUCGGAAAGAUGAAAGCAUUAAAAUAUCACACAUGGUGGCUAAUAUUACUCAUGGUGCCAAGUACAGGGUGAGUUAUUGUGGUCCAGGAUCUUUUGACAAAUGUCAGCAAUUAAUUUAAGGAAUCUGUUUGAAUCUAGAAUGCACUUUAAGUAUGUAAAACAAUAUCAAUCACUAAAUAACUCUUUCCAUGGCCUCUUUUGCAUUAUAUAAUUUCAGUAUGCUGUAAACAUGGGAAAACCAAUCAUGAGCGAAGACUGGAUAAACCGGUUGUGGUCGGAUCGGAAUGAUAUAGACUCGUGUGCUAAUCAUCCUAAAAUGGUAAAAUGCCUUAGAUACUUAUUUGAGCUGUUUUACCAAAUUGGCAGAAUGGAUAAAAUGUAGUUUCUAGACAAAGUUAAAUAAAUAUUGAAUUAAGCAUAGAAAUACAGAAUUAAAAAUGUUUUAUAUUGAGUGAGUUUGUGUUAAAUGUCCUUUAAGCAAGAUUAUUUUGCUAUACUAGAUCGUAACUAUUGUUAACAAAACUAACCUUUCUAGAUUAUUAACCCAUUGUUAGAUGGAUUUAUGUGAUAAUGUACAAAUCUUUUAAAAUGACCAAAAGUGGCUUUUGUUAUUUCCUCCUUUCAGAUUGGCUACAGAAUGAAACCAUUUUAUGAAUGUUGUUUGAGUUUUCUGGGCUUUGCAGGAGAAGAACAACGUCACAUGGAGGAACUGACCAUUGAAAAUGGUUUGGAGCAAUUCAAUUUAUUUCUACAUGCCUAAUCAUAAAAUAAUUGUAUGAUCAAAUUUUGGAAGUGCAUCCUCAAAUAAAAUAAUUGUAUGAUCAAAUUUCGGAAUUCAUCCUCAAAAUAAUUUUCUUAUCAAAUUUUGGAAGUCAUCCUCAAAUAGUAUAGUGAUUAAUUAUAGAAUAUUUUAUGUAAAUUAAAAACUUGAUGUUUAGCACUAGCUUUGUAUCAGCUGUUUUGAUAUUGUGGCGAAACGUGUAACAGGCCAAUCAACUUUUCUCACUCAAAGGUGGUACAUUUGCUGAGCCAGGUUCAACAGAUGCCACACAUCUUGUUGUUUAUGACCUGACUGUCAAAGAGAUUCCUCAGGAAAUUUCAUUACCCUCUUUUGUUGUCAGGGGAGAGGUAAGUUACAAGUAGUCAACUAUUAAUAAAGUAGCACUGGUUGUCAUGAACAAAAAUAAACACUGAGCAAUCAGCAGAGACAUUUCUUGGCAUCAACCAAUACUAACUUUUGUAUCCACAUAACAACGAUCUGCAUCUAUAUAACAUAGCAACAAGAAAAAUUAAUUGACAAACUCAGCUGCGCAAGCCUCCUAACAUGUUUACAUUCCUCCCUAAUGGAUAAGUCACAAUUUAAAAUGAAAAUCUGUCUUUAAACAAACUAUUUUCAUAAAAUUUUGAAAUUUUUACCCAGAUCAAAAGCAGCCCUGUCAAAAAAGGAUUUAGCUGAUGAAUGUGAUAGCAAUAUGGAUGUAAUUAGACAUAAUUCAUCUGUUAGUUAUGCUAGCUGUAUUAAUACAGAUUCCUUUAUUUCAAUUAAUGAGAGUUGAGGUGGGGAUGUCAUAAGCUUAGUGGUUGUAAAGUGUUAAAAAUUAGUAAGAGCGUAACUAAGUUGUUUUCUUUACUGCAUGUGUUUGAGGGUAACUAUUUUUGAAGGCUAUCCUUUUUAAUUAAUUUUUUUGUUCAUUAUUUAACUUAACAUUUUCUUUUCACUUAUAUUGAAAAAGCUCAAAAAGAAAGAAAAUGUUUUAAAAACUGUAUAUUUUAUUUUAUGUUUACUUGUUAUUUUAUCCAUUCAUUCACUUAUUUUAAUUAGACUAACUUGAAAAUAAAUUUUAUUUCAGUGGUUCUGGGGUUGUAUUCAGAUGGCAGCUUGUGCAGAUGAACAAAUUUAUACUUUUGAAAAGGUAUGUAGAUUUUUUUACAAGAAUUUAAAUUUACAUCUAUGGGAUUUUAAAAAACAUUGUGUGCUGGAGUAUGUAAGUUUGUUGUUUCAAAUUGUCCCCAUGGAUUAUUAGUGACAGUUUGUUGUAAAACAUUUUUGUAUCUUCAUUUACCAUUCAGUCAAAGCAUUUUAAAAAGUGAUUUAGAAAAAGAAAAGAAAAAUACUUCCAAUACAGCCAUUAUAUUUGGUGAAAUUACUCUUUUUAGAUCUCAACCCCAGCUCGUCACCAAAGCAGAAGCAACCUUAUGGCCAAAAAUCGCAAGAGAAAAAGAUUACAGGAGCUGGUGGCAGAGACGGAGGGAUCACCUUUCAUGGCAUACAAACGAAGAUCUUCGUCGACAGACAUCAGUGCCACAUCCAUGAGCCCAGAUUCAUUCCUAGAUGUGACGUACACACCUGAUAAAUCCGAUACCAUAUUAGGUAAAUGUAUGAGCUGCAACAAAGCCGUAGUGAAUUCAAGAGAUAUGGUAUUAAACAAAAAUUUGUUACUGGUAUCAAAUAACAAGGAGAAGGAGAAAAUGUUCACCUGUUUUUAAAUUAUACCUCAAAAAAGUUAUUUGUAUUCUCUUCAUAGCAGUUACACAUGUUUAAAUUUUGUGGUUACGUUACCAAUUGGACCUGUUCAACUUCAAAGUUUUUUUUGUUUUUUUAUUGCAUGUUUGUCAUAUAAUAUAUCCUAUUAUAUAUUUUUAGCAGAGGUGAAGCAUGACAACAAAGAUGAAAAUGUUUCAAAGUUUAGCAAACGUCGGAUGGUUGUCAUGGAACUCUUGCAGACAGAACAGAAUUACGUUGGUAUACUGCAUACCAUUUUACAUGUGAGUGUUAUAAUAACAUUGGUGUUCUGCAUACCAUUUUACAUGUGAGUGAUAACUUUUCACUACAAAAAUUAACGUACAUGGAUUUUUAUUUCAACAAAGUUGUUGUUGUUUUUCUUGCCUUCUUCGACCAUUUGGGUUGAGAAAUUUUUUUUUUUUUUUUUUUCACUUUUAGUAAUUAGCUCACUCCUGACAAAUGCAACUAAAUGGGGGGUGUGUAAUACACUCUUCCUUUUUUUUAUUUUUAAUUUCCACAAAAUUUUUCGCCCAAAAAAUUAACGUACAUGGAUUUUUAUUUCAACUAAGUUUUUUUUUUUUUUUUUGCCUUUUUUGACCUUUUUGGUUGAGAAAUUUUUUUUUUUUUUUUUUUCACUUUUAGUAAUUAGCUCACUCCUGACAAAUGCAACUAAAUGGGGGGUGUGUAAUACACUCUUCCUUUUUUGUAUUUUUAAUUGCCACAAAAUUUUGCGCCCCUCGAGACUUCUUGCUGUUAAUUUAAUUUUUUUUUUUUAAACCUAAUUCAUUUCUGGAAGCAUUUAUCAUUCAUUAAUGUUAAUUAAUUUUUAGGGCUUGAAAAAAAGAUAUUUUACAAUUGUAAAUUAUUAAUGGUAAAACGUAACGGAAUUACUUCCCUUUGUUCAGGAUUAUAAAUUAAGUAAGGAAGUUGCUCUGCAGUCAGGAGUAAGUUAAGUAAUCAUUCAUAGUUAACUGUCUCAAGAUAUAUGCUCAAAUAUUUGUAUCCUUCAUUUUAUAUUUUCAAUAUCGAUUGUAUUUUGAAGUCAGUUAUUGUAACUCAACCACAAAAUUAACAAAUUGUUCUCUGCUGAAUGUAGUUUAAAAACUCUGAUCAUAAUCAUAGUCAAAUGUGUCUUCAUCAACUUUGCAUCAGUUGAACAAAGGUGCAAUCAGCAGUUUUUAACAAGUUUAGUUUUCUUCUGUAAAAGUGUUCUCAUUUUUUGGCCAGACUUUCAAAUCUCAAAUUGAGAAACCAGAUCAGUAUAAUGGCCCCAUCCUGGCUCCGCAAGACACUAAAAUUAUAUUUGGCAAUAUCCCACCCAUCUACGAGGCCCAUGUCAAACUGAGGGACUCCUUGCUGUAUUCAGUUGAACACUGGUCAGAGAGUAACAGUGUUGGGGAAUGUGUUUUGAAAAGGGUAAGUCAUCCAUUUCAGAUACAGAAUUUGAACAGACGUUAAAAAAAAUAUUCAGAAAAGUUUAUUUUUUAAAAAACUUUAUUAAACUGAGACUUUGAAACCAGGACAAGUUUAACAUUUUUUAAAGUAAGUUUUCAAACACAAUAACCGGCCAUUCUGUGUCAUGACACAGUCACGUUCUCAUAAUGGUUCAUUAUUAAUUUGACACCCAGAAAUUAAGUCAUGGUUCUGCCUACUUUGUGGCUGGUGACAAUUUAUGUAGUUUAUUUAGCUUUCCUUCCAUUUAAUUAAUAAAAUGUGGAGCAUUAAAUAAAUUAAUCAAAGUGAAUCAAUCUACAUUGAUGCUUGUCAUCAUUUCAUGGGUUUAUAAACUUUAAUUGUGUCUUUGGUUUUAGGCCGAUGAGUUGAUGAAAGCGUAUCCUCCAUUCGUGAAUUUUUUUGAAAACACUAAAGAAACCAUACAGAGAUCGGAUCACUCCAAUCCUAGGUUUCAUGCAUUCCUCAAGGUAGGCCCGGUUUUACUUCUAUUUUAGGCUCUGGUCAAGCAUUUGCUGCUUUUCUUGAACCUGUUACAGUCGCUACGGUUUCAGUUCCACGCCGCUGUGUAUUUCUUUAACUUAACCACAUAGAAAUAAUUUUAGGCUUUAAGGAAGUAAUUUCAAUUACUUACAGUCAGAAGUAAAUGGCAUAAAUAAAUUCAAUGGCUGGCAUGCUUAUUGAACUGCAUGGGUCUGUUGACACUUUUCUAAAUUCUUAAUGCAGAAAUUAUUCCAUCACUAAGACGGCUAUAAUUUUUAGAAGUAAGGGAAAUUCCAUUUGACCUUUUUCGGCUCGACUACUAAUAGCAUUUAUCUCCAUGUUUAAAUGACUAACUAUUGGUUUUACCGUCCACUUCAGCUGUGUCUCAGUAAACCAGAGUGUGGCAGACAAUCUUUACAAGAACUCCUCAUCCGUCCAGUGCAAAGAUUACCGAGUGUUGUUUUAUUAUUACAAGGUGGGCCGCCAUGGGCAUUUCUAUUUAUUAUGCCAUACUUAGUUUCAUAUUGUAAUAUGACCCAACUGAUAAUACCAAUCUUUUUUUUUUAAUCUAAUUGUAAUGAUGUGUACUAUAACUAAGAGUGUCAUAAGUUAUGAGUUAUGAAAUCAAUAGCAAUGUUAUUAGGGUAUUCAUUGGUAUCACUGGAAUAUUUCAUUUGAAGCUAUGAUAAUUAUUAUUUUUUUAAAUUUUAUCUCGUUUAGAUUUGUUGAAAAGGACAGACUCAAGCAAUCCAGAUAAGGCGAAACUCGAGCAAGCUAUAGAAAAAGUGAAAAACAUAAUGACGUAAGCUGCGCAUUAGUAUAUAAUUUUAGAAUGGAAUCAUUGUUUUUUAAAAUUCAUUUUAUAGAUUACUUUAUAGAAAAUGUUAUUGUAAAUUUGAAUUUAAAAACAGUAUAUUCGUCUUCCUCUUUCUUAACACUUGUUCAAAUAUAUCUAUCUCGAAAACAGGCAUAUCAACGAGGAUAAACGAAAAACAGAAAGUCAGGUUGUGAUGUUUGACAUUGUUAAUGACAUAGACAGCUGCCCGGUACGUCUUGUUUUAAGUUAAAAUCUUGCAUGUAUUUUUCGGAAUUUAUUUUUAAAAUGGCUGCUGCUUAGCAGUCAUUGUCCACAAUGAUCUCCCUUCAAAUUGUGCCGUUUUAUACAAUCAUAAUUAUAAUUUGUCUGAUUUUCAAAUUAAAAAAAUAACUCUUUAAUGCAAAUGUGCUGUGGUGUCACCUCUUCUUCACUAACUUUGAUAUGCCUCACUAAAAUACUUUAAACUAAUAGAGAAUGAAUCCACACACCCAUAUAACUUAGAUAUACUUAGAGUAAAUUGGACAAGGAAUCAAUUGGUAUGAAUGUUAGAAUUCUAAGAGCUAUGUAAAAUGAAUAUGACCUGUGCUGCUGUUUAUCUUUCCCCCACACUGACUACUGGAUCCUCCUCCUUAUCAUCACUUAUACACUUUGUUGAGACACAUAAAAUAGUAUUGGUUUAGAAAAUAUUUUAGAAGUUAUUAGAAUUCGUACAAUUUUUAGAAUUCAUAGAAUUUUAAUAGAUAAAAUAAAUUCAAUUGUGACUUACAUAUUUCUCUAUAUAAUGCCAAUUAAAUUCAUUAGUACCAUAAUUCCCCUGAUUCCACUAUUAGAACUUGAACUGCAACUAUUUUAAGCUCCACUAUCAUAAUUAUCACUACCAUUAGCAAUACCAACAAAACCAUCUUAAUAUUAGUUUAAGUCCCACUAUCUUAAUUAUCAUUUCUAUUAUCAAUGACAACAUAACUAUCUUCAAAAAAGUAAUUCAAAUAAACUAGGCCAUUCUUCUGCAGGGCCAACAUCUGAGUCCUAAAAGCUCGUUGUAGCCAAAAAAAACUCCAAAAGUUUCACCUUGAUUCACAUUUUUUUAAAAUAUUAACACAUGAAAUAUUUGACUUAGAUUUCUAUAAUAAGCAAAUUUAAUUUUUUAGAUUUAUCCUCCUUCUGAUGUACAGUUAUACCCUCCUUCUGAUGCACAGUUAUACCCUCCUUCUGAUGCACAGUUAUACCCUCCUUCUAAUGCACAGUUAUAUCCUCCUUCUGAUGCACAGUUAUACCCUCCUUCUGAUGCACAGUUAUAUCCUCCUUCUGAUGCACAGUUAUAUCUUCCUUCUGAUGCACAGUUAUACCCUCCUUCUGAUGCACAGUUAUAUCCUCCUGAUGCACAGUUAUAUCCUCCUGAUGCACAGUUAUACCCUCCUUCUGAUGCACAGUUAUACCCUCCUUCUGAUGCACAGUUAUAUCCUCCUUCUGAUGCACAGUUAUAUCCUCCUUCUGAUGCACAGUUAUAUCCUCCUUCUGAUGCACAGUUAUACCCUCCUUCUGAUGCACAGUUAUACCCUCCUUCUGAUGCACAGUUAUACCCUCCUUCUGAUGCACAGUUAUACCCUCCUUCUGAUGCACAGUUAUACCCUCCUUUUGAUGCACAGUUAUACCCUCCUUCUGAUGCACAGUUAUACCCUCCUUCUGAUGCACAGUUAUACCCUCCUUCUGAUGCACAGUUAUAUCCUCCUUCUGAUGCACAGUUAUACCCUCCUUCUGAUGCACAGUUAUACCCUCCUUCUGAUGCACAGUUAUACCCUCCUUCUGAUGCACAGUUAUAUCCUCCUUCUGAUGCACAGUUAUAUCCUCCUUCUGAUGUACAGUUAUAUCCUCCUUCUGAUGCACAGUUAUAUCCUCCUUCUGAUGUACAGUUAUACCCUCCUUCUGAUGCACAGUUAUAUCCUCCUUCUGAUGCACAGUUAUAUCCUCCUUCUGAUGUACAGUUAUAUCCUCCUUCUGAUGCACAGUUAUAUCCUCCUUCUGAUGCACAGUUAUACCCUCCUUCUGAUGCACAGUUAUAAUAAUAAUUCUUGUACCUGCAGAUAUGAUCGGCUGUUGUGAUAUAAUUCCUGGGUUAAAAAUGUUGAUACAUAGUGUUUAUUUCUAGGACAUAAAUUAUUGUUCUUGUUUUGCACUCUUGUUGGUUAUGGUAGCUUUACUUUUUUUAUGGUGUUCAUUAGAGAAUUUAUUGGUUUGUGCUUUAUAUAUAUUAUCAAGAAAUUCUCCAAUAGCCUCGGUUAGCAUCCAUAGUAAGCUUGUUUAACCACAGGUUUGAGAAGACUUGAAGACCAUUUAGUGUACUGGUAUUUGAACCCCAGACUAUCUGCCAACUUGACAUGUGUCUUCCAAACAGCGCUGACUAAGUCAAUAAUUAUGUUGCAUUCCAAUAUCAGUCUGUGCAUCUUUCAAUUUGAUCCAUCCAUUUCAGGCCACUUUGCUGUCAUCAAAUCGCCAUUUUGUUAUGAAAGUUGAUGUCAUGGAGCUCUCAGGGAACCUCUCAUCUCGUGGUGAUCCCCUGACACUCUUUGUCUUCUCUGACAAUGUAGAGGUGAGUAUGGACUCUAGUGUCCAACAUGUUGUCAGCAUAUCAGGUCCUAACUUUCAAAACGUGAUGAAUGAAACUGAAUCAGUGCAGCAUGUUUCUAAUUGAAGACGUUCAAUUGGGAAUUAUUUUAUUUGUUACUUGAUUAAACCCAACAAACAUGUAGAUCAGACUGACCAAAAGUAAAAUAGUUAUGUCGUUGUCAAAUGUGACCCUCCACGACAAAAUGAGUCGCUUCUCACCUGAUGGCCAUUUUGAGGUUUUUAUCUAGUCUUAUAUAUCUUUUAAUUCUGAGUUCAAAUGUGAAAACCGCUUGAAAAUCGGACAGUAACAUUUUUAGUUAUGAAUAUUUUAUUGGAGCCACUAUCCAAGCCCUGAUUUUGAGAAAAAUUGAUUUUACUAAAUAUAUUUUUCGGACUAAGAAUUUCCUUAGCAACCGUUUAUGGAUUUUGUUUAAAUUAGGCACACUUAUUCAACCCUUUUUACUCAAGAUAUGUGGAAUAUUUGAAAGGAAAAUGUUAUAUACUUUUUUUGUUAUGCGUAAAAAAGAAAAUAUAAAAAUUUAGGUUUUAGUUUUAAAAAAUAGUAUUAAGGUGUAUUAGUAGGUACCACAAACUGAUUUUUCAAAAUCGUUUUACAGCUCUCUUUUUGGUGAUUGAGUGAGAUCUAAUGAUUCUAAGAAUGUGGAUACCACAUUUGUCCAUAUAUCCCCCAUAGUUAUUUAAAAUGAUUUUUUUUUUAAAUUUUCAUAUUUUGAUUUUUUAAACACAAUAUAAAGUACCAUUUUGCAAAGCCAUAUCUGUAGAAGUAAAUGACUUAAACACAAUCACUUACACUCAUUACAAUCUCAUAUACAUAGAGAACAAACUCAAUUUUUUUCAUGGGUUUAAAUUGUUACAUUUUAAAAAUUUAUUGAAAUGAAAAUGGUGUUUUGUCACAUUUUGAAAUGUUUCCAAAAGGAGGUAAAAAUACACAAUUUAAUGAAUUUUCAAAAAGUCAUAAAAAAAUAAGUAAUUAACUUUGACACAUAAAAAUUAAAUCAAAGUGUUGCUCAACUUAAGAAGUUUAAGGGCAAAGAACAUCCUGCACAUCAGAUCGCACAAAAGGACGUAUGUUUUUGUGCAAAUAUUCUUGAUGCUCUGCCGAGAGACCUGGUGGGUUAAUUACUGUUGGAAGACCAUUUUAAAGCAUGCUUAUUUAACCUUGUACCGCCCCACUUCUUCUCCGGAGUACUGCCUGUAUCCCUCCAGGCCCUGAAUCUUUUCUGGACAUUGGUCAGCUUGUUUUGGCUAAUUCUGAAACAUUAAAAAUACAUUAAAAUAACAUUAAAUUAAUAAUGAUUUUUACUACCUGGUUUCCAAAAUUUUUUUAACAUUAAAUCAUAUGUGUUUUAUGUUUUGAGCAUCACAGUUAAAAAAAUAUCAUUCGUCCAGAUGACUUACCCAUAUAUAAACUUGAAUGCCUCCCUUCAAACAUUCUUGCCAUUGACAGUGUAGGAGGUUCUCUCCAACUUUCUUACUUUUCGUCGACAAGGCUUAUCAAUUGUCAACUCACUGCCAUUUGUAGAGCUACCAGCCAGUAUGCCUAUAAAUAUUAUGUCCUUUUCAGCUGAAGAGAUAGAAUAGAAACUUUCAACAACAUUUAAAUAGAAUUGUUUACAUCUGUACAUUCUAUGACAUAAUAUCUAGCCAACUGCACAUAAGCCUAAUGUCUAGCUCUAAGUAAUUCAUUUAGUAUUAGUAAUGGUUUUAAUAGUAUGAGCGUAGUGGUUUAGGCCUAGUAAAUUAAUUAAUAGGCCUAAAUUAGCCUAUUUGUUUACUGUUUAAUAUCUAGUUCUAGUUAUAAGUGUUAGCCCUAAAAAAUAUGAAUAACACUUAAAGGCUGAAUAAUAUAUUUACCUUCUGUUAAUUCCUGCAUGUCCAGCCUUCACCCUAAAAUCUCAUCAGCUGUGAAUUGUCCAAUGCACCCUUUUUUUAUUGAGGUCGAGACAGAGCUAUGCGAUGAAUUUAUCGAGCACCGGCUAUCAAAAGAUGCCACCUUAUUCUUUUCUUCGUCUGGCUGCAUAACGCCACUAUAGCUUUGAUUGUUUAUAGAAACAUCUUCGAUCAAAGGUGGGUCAUUUUCUUCUUCAUCACUACUACAUCCAAGUUGAUCAAGUGUACACAGCAGAGCAGAUGCAUUUUCUUCGUCAUCACUCGCUUCAGACUCACCACUAGAGCUAGAUCCGUCAGUGUCAUCCAAUGCUGGUGUUGUAAAAUACUCUUGUAUAAUAUUUUCAACACUUUCCAAAUCUUUUUCAUCAUUAAUAUUUGCAUUUCUUGCCGAAUGAAGUGCUUUAGCGAUAGUAAUUUCUUUCGUACUGGAGGCAGCCAUGUUGAAAAGUUCAGCAUAAACAUUCGCUGGGGUUGGUUAGAAAAAGUCACGUGCUAGUAUCGUUCAAUGAAAAAACGGCUUUCCCUUCCUAGUGACAGCAUUAUUUACACUAUUUUCCAAAAAAUCCUUAAUUAAUUUAAGCCUUUUGGUUGGUUGAUAUUUAUAAAGCCUACGUGUACGUUAGACAUAAUAAUAAAAGGGAGAAUACUCUUUCCAAUGAUGCCAAACAUGGCGAGUUAGCUCGAAAGGAUAAUGAAGAAAAUAGCGUUCAAAAAAAUAUAACUAUGCUCAACUUUACGCAGAUUUGACACGGAACAUCUUACAGGGUAUUAGUUUUAAAGUAAUUUUUAAAUAAGUUAUAAAUUUAAUUUUUUUUAAAUAAUAUUAUAGAUGUGUGCAGAAAUGAAUAAAUAAUUACAAAUAAUCGAAAUCCCAAAAUCGAUCCUUUUCGACCCAAACACAUAUUUUUGACUCUAGCUCAAAAUAGGCCGAGGUGAGAAGCGACUCAUUUUGUCGUGGAGGGUCACAAAUGGUUUGUUCAUUGUCAAAUAGUAUUGUCAUUGCUGUGAAAGCGUUUCCUCACACUCUGUUUCAAAUGUGCCUCUUUAUAAAAUCCAUCUUCCCAGAUUUGUAAGCGGAGGUUAAAGGUCUUAGGCUCCAGUUCCCGGAGCCCAGCCAUCCAGAACCACAAGACACCACAGAAAGCCUACAAACACCUGGACAUGAUCAGCAUGUCAUCCAUAAAGCGUGUCCUUGAUGUGGAUGAGACAGAAGGUAUUAGUUUAAUUAACCAUCUAACCUCUAAAACAUCUGCCAUGUCACUUUUGGUGAGGGGCAGAGAAUAUCAAAUUCUCUUUCAAUAUACUUUACUGUUAUAAAGUAUGCUUAUUAUAUUUGUUAAAGUCUUAUGUGUUAUUUGGAAAUCUAAAAUGAAAGUAAUAUAUUUUUCCCUUCAGAUUGCCGCCUGGCUUUUGGCCUUAUUUGUAAAGACAGUGCACAGACGAAAGAGAAGCUGUACAGUUUUACACUGGCGAUGGAUGAUAUGUCUAAAGCUGAGGUUCUAACAAGCAUCUGUAAAAAUCUGGCCAUUGUUCUGUGUCGUCCUGAUAUUGUAAGUAGCUCAACAUGCCAUAUAGACUCUCACAUUUAUUAAUGGGUAAAGCAUCUAGAUAUGAAAAAAAAUUGUUGGGAUGUGGUCAAUUAAUUUUGUAAUGUCUCUGUUAGAAUAGAGCCAGAUUAGUAAAUAAUUCCCCCUUUGCGUCUGACCCAUUGUAAUGAUUGGACUCUCUUCCAUGUUGGUUACCCCAAUUGUUACUUAAUGAAAGUAAUGUCAGUUAUCUUUGAGUUUGAAUAGCAACAGAGUGUUGGCUUCUGCUUGUAUGACCAACUUUGCCAGAUUCAAAAGCUCAAAGCAAGUGUAAACGGGAACAAUUUUGCAAAUACAAGAUACUUAAUUAUGACAGUACAUUUUAGUGAGCAUUCACAUGGUGUCUGUAGUUGAUCGUAUAGACCAGGAAAAUUUGCAAUGAAGAUGUUUAAUUUUGUAGUCCACAUUUGACUACUAAAGUGGUUAUGUGUUUUGUGCUAAAAGAUUCACUUAAAUAUUAUCGGGGCCCAUUUUAGUUCAAUUAAUUAAUUUUUAAUCAAUUUUUGUUGACCAGUGUUGGGAAGGAAUCUCUUUUCAAAGGUGUCAACAAACUAAACAUUCCAAAGGAGUUCAAGUCAAACUUUUGAAAAUGAAUUUCUUCAUAAAAAUCUACUAAACAGGCUGCUAAGUGCUAGUCUUUUGAAUAAAGCAAAGCUAGACUUAGAAAUAAAAUUAUUUGAUUAGCUGAAACAAUUCUAGAGUUAAUCCUGAGGAGGUACUUCAUUUCAGUUUGACUAUCUCAUUUCAGGAAACGUUUUUAGCUAAGGUGAAUGGUGAUGAGUUGAAUAUCAACACCAAGGAUCUUCACAAAGGCAACAAGGCCACUAAGUAGGUGCAUUAGGUGCUGUAGUAGGUGCAGCAGUAGAUGCAGUAGGUACAAUAGUUACAGUAGUAGAUACCGUUGUUGCCCCUCGGGGUUAGUCUUUCUCAAACUGCAGCGUGUUUUCAGCAUUAGUUCAAGUUCACAUAAUAAAAUACAAUUCUAUAUCCUCAUGUGGGCCACUGGCAAAAAUGUUUCAUCAUUUUGGCUGGGAGCCAAGACAGUUGAAAAAGUUUACACUGUUGGAUUAAAUGAAUGCUCUUAGCAAGUUAGUUCAAUGACAACAGUUUUAAUUUGAUGUUGCUCAUAGACAUUGGGUGUGGAAUUAAUAUAACAGUGUGAUGGACUAAACAUGGUCCUUGGCAAUAAGCCAGGAGACUUUGCAAUGAUCAUAACAAACACAUUUUUAGAAUAAUAGUGUCCAUAAUUGGAAUAUUUAGGUUAACUCUGUGCAGUUCGAUGGUUUUUUGUUUUUAGGUCAUCUCACAUGAGGGGAUACCAUAAAAAGAGUAGCUAAUAAAUACCCAUCACGAUAUAUAUAUAUAUCAUUGUUCUUAAAUGAAGGGAGAUUCAUAUUUUAUAAAUUGUGCUUGAAUAUGAUUGUGUUUUCUUAUAAUCAUGAUUGAAGUGAGAAAAUUUGUUUUCAUUUUAACAUUUUUUUUACACGAAAAACAUACUGUAAGAAGGUGGGAAAAAAAACCUAUAGAGUAAUAGUCUAAAAUUUAUUGUUUUUUAAUUCCCCAAUCAAAUAUACACAAUCAAAUAUACACAAUCAAAUAUACACAAUCAAAAAAAUAAUUUUACAUUUAACUGUUAGGUUGUUGUUGUUUUUUUUGUGAAUCAUUCGUAAAUAGUGUUUUUGCUUUUAAAUUUUGACAAUUGACGCUGUUAUACAGAAUUAUUCAAAUACAAAGUUUAAAACCUAUUUUUUAUAAAAGUUUAUAUUUAAUAUAAAUACAUUAAAAAUAUAUUAUAAAAAUAAUUUCAAUAAUUUUGUUUUUAAAUUAUUGAAAUUUUAAUAGAUAAUAAAUAAUUAGAAAAAUAAUAAUAAUAUUAUAAAAUAAAGCUAGAGCUUACAUGACUAAAUCAGGCUUAACAAAUACAAAAACAGUCUUAAGAGUUUUCUAGGCUUGUUCUAACAAUCAAUUAUUUCAAUUAGGUAGAAAUGUUUAUCACAUUUCAGACAAUAAUUACCAUUGCAGUCUGACGCGCUUUCUUUUCGAGAAAGUAACUCCGCAUCAUGAAAUAAGGCUCAUGUCCAUAAGUAAAGAAAAACAAAUAAAGUGUUCUGGUUUUGGUUGCUGCAUCCAUGUACUGGCAUCUUUGCAACGGUUGGGGGUUUGAUGUUGUUAUUCUAACAGCUCCUAGCUGAUACCAGGGAAGCCUCACAGUGGCAUCGUUCAGGUGGUUCAAUGCUAUUAUUGUGCCUGGGAAGAAAGAUUGUUGAUACUGCACUGUGUUGCACUGAGGCACUUUAAAGCAUUUGCUAUUGUUUCUGGUGUAAAUGUUUAUGGGAAUGUCAGUGGUGAAGUCAGUGUUCAGUGAGCGUUUUGCUCUGAUCAGUCUACCCGGAUUCUGUGGGGUGAGGUAUGUGCCUGCUGGAAUGGCCAGCACCAGUCCUGCUCUGUAGUUGUUAUUUUCUUCCAGUUAGUGUAUAGGUAUUUCUUUUUCUUCUCAUGUGGUUGGCAUAAGCAUUGGUGUAGUCAUCAAUUUUUUAUAUGAUAUCCUGACAGAAAUUUCCUGUGGACGAUAAUUAGAUAGUUUAUUUGUAAGUUGCAAGUUAGCAUGAAAUAAAAGCAGGAUUUUAAUACAGAUAUGUAAUAACAGUUGUAAUAAUAUAAAUUAUUAUAUAAUAAGAAAAUAUCUUAUUAUAUUAUAAGAAAAGUGAUAUUUUUGGGGGAAAAAUAAUUAUCAAGCAUAAAAUCUAAAUUGUAUGCCUAUAGCAUGUUCAUUAGUGUUCAAUUAUAAGAUCAAAUGUUGCAGUUUUUAAUUUUUGCAUCUCAUUUCUAGUUGUCUGCUUUACAGUCCAUUAUAUUGAGACCAGGUUUUCUUUUAGGGAUAAAUUAAGGUAUUACUUGAACUUAGUGGGUCCAUGGUCAACAGCUUCAUAUGGUUUUUUUCCAAGUCAAUUGGCAAUAUUUUAUCUGCACUGAUUAGAGGAAAUUUUUUUAAAAAAUACAUGGUAAUAUGAAAUAAACUACCAACUAACAUAUUUUAAAAGUAUAAAUUAGUAAGUGCCAUUAUUUACUCGUCAGAGUUUGGCAAAACACAACAAUGAAAACUAACAAGCAGCUGUUUGAUCAGCUGAUUAUAUAAACAAACGCUUAUAUUAAUUUUUUUUAACGCCAAAACACGAUUGGAGAAUAAAAUUAUCAUUACAAAAUUGAAAGACUAUAACUAGUAUGCUAUUAUUAAAUUGCAAAAUAUAUUUUUUGUUCAGAUUAUUUUGAAAUGUUUAUUUUAUUUGCUUAAUCUUGUGGACAGCUAGACUUACAUCGUUUGAAAAUGUACGGCUUCAUCCGAUGUUGUUUCUUAUUAAUCUGUAUCCCAAUCAUCAGAGGAGUCACUUAGGGAUUCAUCUAAGUUAAUUUCAUUGUUUCCUAAGUCCAUUUUGUAAUUUAAGGUAAUUUUGUUCAAAGCAGCUAGCUCGAUUCCAGUCGCGACAAAAAAUCAAAAUGGACAACAUAAACUCGUCUCGGUCACGUUUGUAUAAAAAUAAUUUUAUUUAAAAAACAAUGUUGAUUAUAUUUAAAACCCUCAUUUUUAUAAAUAAAAAACCAUUUUACUAUUGUACUAAUUUUAUUCACUAGAUAAAAAAUAAAUAUUACAUCCAAAAAAAAAAAAAAGUAAGCUCCUCCCCUUUCCUAUCCGGUGAAAAAGAUGGAUUUCCCUAGAGUUGGACCAUACAGAGUGAAGGUUUUAUAGAGAUAGAAAAAAACAAUUUUGUUUAUAUUUAAAACCCUCAUUUUUAUAAAUAAAAAACCAUUUUACUAUUGUACUAAUUUUAUUCACUAGAAAAAAAAUAAAUAUUACAUCCAAAAAAAAAAAAAAGUAAGCUCCUCCCCUUUCCUAUCCGGUGAAAAAGAUGGAUUUCCCUAGAGUUGGACCAUACAGAGUGAAGGUUUUAUAGAGAUAGAUAGAUACAUACAUUAUAUAGCUAACUUGAACUGGAAUAUCCAUUGUCAGUUUGAAAUUCACUUGAAAUUUAUGACACAACUAGAUAAUACCUGACAACCAAUGGUGGCGGCGGUGCAGGAACUUCCCAUCUACUAAAGUUACAUGACAAAACAAGCAUUCAAGCAACGUACUUCAUAAGAAACCUGAUUAGUGCUAACUUCUAGGCAUUUUAUUUUGUGUGCCUAUUUAACAAAGGGUUACAACCUUACUUCAGUACAUACAGCCAUACAUUCGUACACACGCAUAUAUAAACAUACCUAGAGAAUCAUGGUUUGUUUUCAUGUUUUCAAUUUAUUUCAAUGAGAUCACAUCUGUAAGAAUUAUUUCAAACAUCAUCAGUGUACAUUUAGAGACCAACAGAACGUUUUUGACCUAUUUACCAAAUGUCCAAAUAUAAUUGGACUUUGUGUAAAACAUCCAUUGCUACUCCUGUGUGGCUAACAUACACUUUUGUGAUGAUUUCUCACCUCUGGUUGAAAUUGUUGGUAACUGAACUCAUAAAAAUCUGUCCCUUUAAAGGUGCCACAUACAAUGUCCUCUCAUUAUAAUCCACAGGUUCGGUCGGAGGGUCAGCCGGGCUUUCUCCUUCAACAAGACUCCCAGCAAAUUAAAGAGGGCUGUGUCCGGCAUGGUCCACGGCUUGAGUCCUUUUGUGAAAGACUCACGUCAGCUCAGCACCGUUAGAAAACUGGCCAGUACUUUCGACUUGACAGUAAGUACCAACUUCUUGUCAUUGGUGAAUCCAAUAAUUGAUCUGUUCUAUAAUAGUAGAUUCUUGGCCUGAUUUAUGUUAAAAAAACGUGACCCAACUUUUGAACAUGUCUUUAUCCAGGAAAGGGUGGAUGAUGACAGUGAUACCAUGAGUCUGGGAGCUUAUUCAUUGCAGGUCAGUAGGUGCUUGUGAGUUUCUUAUACACAACUAUGUUAGAGAAGAGUUGAGGUUGUAUAUUUUGAGAUUAUACAAUCUUGAAAAAUGCUUCAAUAAUUUUACUGACAGGCAAUAUGAUUGCACUUUUCUCAUCACAUUACUUUUUAACAGGGUCUAAGGUGAUAGCAUGCGAUGGCCUUGGGUGUCUAAUUUGGGGGGGCUCAGUAAUUUUGCUUAUGACUUAAAGGAUGUCUUACGGUUGAAAAUUUUGGAAGAAAUUACAAAACUUGAUAGUUUCUAUUACUAUUAUGUCCAGUUUGUUUAUAUGAGAUUAUAUAUUUUCCCUUAGAGAUCCCAUACAGAUGUAAUAUUCUGGUAGCAAAUUUUCACAAGUUCAUAUAUUUCACAUAUUUGUUGUUUAUAUGUUACAUACUGUCUUACCAACAUUGACCUAAAUGAUGAAAAAUGUAAGUUUUUUUAUUUCUUUAAGGAGGAUUGUUCUCCUGGUAGCUCAAUCCUAGGUUCUCCCCAGCACUUGGCGCCACCUAGUCAUGUGUUUGCCACGCCUAAGUCAGCAGUCAAGUCAGUGAAAACACCGUCAAAAUGGGCCACCAUCGGACCAAGCUCGGCAAGCAAAACUAAAUAUUUAUGA